UCCUGCGGCCACUUCGCUUCGAUGGACAUACAUUUUCUCCGACGAAUUCUCUCCGGCAGACUCCCUCCGGCAACCUGAAAAAAUGUACCAGUGCGUUAAAAAGUGUAUCAAUCCAUUAGUCUAUUGGUAAUUAAUAUACCAGUGCUAGUGGUACGCUACCAAUGCUAGUGGUACGGUACCAUUACCACUUGUAACGGUACCAUUAGCAGUACCAGUACCAUUAGGCAGUACCAGUACCACUGGUAGCGGUACCAUUGCCACUGGUAGCGUACCACUAGAGACUAGCACAAAAAAAUCAGAUCUGAAAUAUGAAAAAUCACAGAUCUAAAAAAAAAUAAAAAAUCAGGGAUGACGAAAGGGGGAGGCAGGGGAGAGGCGGUGACCUCGUGGCGACGAUGAUGGUGGGAGACAGAGGGCGGCGGGAGGGUUGCAACGACGGUGGUGGUGGGAGGAGGAGGCUGCGAUGGCUGCGGGGCGGUGGUGGGAGGAGGAGACCGCGAUGGCUGCAGGGCGAGGGACGUGACAGUGCUGGGAGGUGGAGGGCACGACGACGGGAGGGCUGUAGCAGUGAUGAGAGGCGAAGGGCGUGGCGGGUCGGCAGGACGGCUGCGACGACGGUGGUGGAAGCCGAUAGAGAGAGCGGGAAGAGAUGGGAGGAAGAAGAAAGAUGGCGUGAGAGAGAGAGGAAAGAGAGAAUGUAGGGUUUUAGGUAUUAAUAGGGGUAAUAAUCUAGUGUGGUCAAUUUUUUUCGUCCAAAAAUAAUCUUAAUCCAAUAUGUACCAUUGAUUUGAAAAAAAGAAGAAAGAGACAAGAGAGAGAAUGGAUCCUAUGGUUAUAAAAUGAGUUGUCAAUCUCACAACCCCCUAAUGAGGUUGUCACCAUAUCUCAUUCCUUAGUGGCAGUAAUCCAGUUUCCACCCAGGAAAAACAACACAAAAACACCUGAAAUCUUGUUCAUAUGUCCCGUAAAAAAAAAUAUUGUUCAUGUGAUGAACAGAUUCCCUCUGUUCUAGGGUUUGCUCGAAACUCACGAGCGAGAGAACGGCGUUGGUGUCGAUAAACCUUAACUUUAUUG